GACCAUGGCCCGAGAUGCCCGGUGAGCUGGCGGGCCUGGGGCGCGGACGUCGGGCGAAGAGACGAGGCUCUGCUGGCCCGGCGCUUGCAGGAGGACGAGGACCUGGAGGAGGCUGCGGCGGCGGCGGGCGGCAUUGAUGUGUGAGGUGUCCCCAUGGCUCCCCAGGGCCAGAGGGGCGCGGGGCCGGGGGCGCACGGGGCUGGCCGGGCCGCGAGCGGCUCCAGGAGGGCUCCGGGCGGCCCGAGGCCGUCGGCCAGGGCUCCCACGCCUCCGCUGCCGCCGCCGCCGCCGCCUCUGCUACCGCCCCUGCUGCUGCUGUUGCUGCUGCUGGCGUUGGCCGAGCGCGGCCGCGCCGCCGACUCCGGUAUCAGCCAUCUGCGGAUGAAUGUCACCCUACCCCCUCAAUCAUUUAUGAACCCUCGGAAAUCUACAUCAACCUCACCAACAUGGCCUUCCUGGGAAUCGAAGUCUUCCUCCAAUGCUGACAGGCUCAAGGACCCCAUGAGACAUUUCCCUGAAAAUGCAAACUUGCUUCAGAUAAUCAAAUCCACAUUGGCUCACCCUCCUCCUAGAACUAGGGCCCAGACAGAUUUCUCUUCUGCCCUUUAUCAAGGGAGUGGGCACAGUGCAUCUCUGGAUCCUCCCAAGGAGUUGGCCCAGGCUCUCACCCACCCAAGACCUCGAGAUUUGGAUGAAGCCGCUGAUGUGUCAGGCCCAGUCCGCACUCAACCAUUCAAACCAAGAGUGACUAAAAGGGCCCAUGGCAGUGUGUCCUGGCCGGCUUUUGAGAGCUCAUCAGACUUACCUGAAGUGGGGUCCAAACUUGGCCAAAGCCCAGAUGGAGGAACUGCUUCCAUGGAAAGGAGACACAGUCAGCCUGCCCCUGCUACUAUAAACAAGCCUGUGCAUUUGUCACCAGCUCCUGAGGAUGUGAGGGUAGUGUCCCAUUCUAUGAAACAUGCCCCUUCUUUUCUGGUGCCAGCCACUCGGUCCUUUGCAGCUGCCGGUGAAGAAAUUGCUACUCGUGCCGCCUCUCCACCAGCAACUAAAAAUGAACCAGCCUCUUUCUCCACACCUGAUUUCCCAUGGCAGUCCCAAAGCAGGGCAUCUCCUCUGCUUAUGGUGGCAAAAAAUCCAACUUCUAAAGUGAAGAACAAGGGUGGGACUCCUGCAGACUUGCUCCUCAUGGAGACGGGCCAAUCAUCUGUCCAUUAUUCUACAACUGCAAGUCUUCCCUUAGGCAAAGAAGGCAGCUUGAUGGGUGCUUUUAUGGGAAAUGAAAAAGCCAAUAUGGUGAUAUCUCCUGGUGCCACUCCCACUCAGCAGGCUACCAGUCAGUCCACUUUAGGUGAGGCCACAUCAGAUUCGACCACCAAUCACAUUCCAGCUGCUAUCAUUACGGAACUGAGAGCGAGUCUCACGCUCUCAGAGUUACCUGUUCCUCCUAUCCCACCGACAGAGAGAUCAUCCGUGGCUUUGAAGUCUUCUCCUGGAGCAGAUGCUGAGUCUGAGGUCAGGAUGGCCCCUGCAAACAUUUCUAGAGUCACAACUUCAGCCCCUAAGCAGGAGACAACUCAUACUCUCCAUUCUUCCAUACCAGCAAGAACCCAAGUGUCACUGAGUGCAGCUAUUUCCCAUAGUUAUCUUUUAGGAGAAACUGGGUCCCAUCUCUUAGAAUCAGAGCUAUCUGUCCUGCCUCACCAAAAAGGUUAUAAGUUAAAUGGACACGAAAAAAGUCCUGCACCUUCAGUGACCCAUUCUGCCAAAAUUACUGCUCCCAAGGGCCCAAAUUCAGCAGGCAAAAUGACACAUUCUCCAGAUAUCAGAGAUGCCGAUUUACAUCAGACCUUUGCUAAGGGGCUCAGUGUUCAGCAUCCAUCCCUUAAUCUAAGCACAGAACAAGCCCCACAUCAGUCCAGAGUUACUACAAUUGGAAACUCUACAGACCUUUGGCCCACCGGCCAUAAGGGCAUCACCCGGGAUCUUGAACCAUCGUCUGGUCCACACCUAGCUAUACGUGAAGCUUUCACAACAACUCAUCAACAUCUCCUUUCACAUCCUCCCUCAGAAUCACCUCCACUUUUGACAUCUCUUCCACCAGCCUCAUCAGAUGUGACUCCCGCCAUCAGCGUGCAGGAAAUGCUUUCAGGGGAAACAGAGACAAGAACGUCAUUUGCCAGUACUCGCCAUCCAUCGCCCAUGACGAGCACUUCCAUACCAUUCCAGAGUGGCCGCAAGCCUCGGACAUUUCCUGCAGCUAUUCUUCCCACACUGACUCAUGCUUUGUUCAGGACGGGACCUAAAGUACCACUGACUUCUCCAGUCCCUGAGAACUGGACUGUUGCAACCGCUCAUGCAGGUAGUUUGGUUCCUGGUUCCCAACACACAGCAUACUCUUCCAUGUCCCCUGAGGUGGUGCCAACUGUGGCGUCAACAGCAGCCACUCGGGUUAUAGGAAAAUACACUCUGUCCGCAUUGUCUGCCGCUUUAGUGUCCAAGGGGACUGGAAACAAACUCUCCGUUCCCUCAGCAGUGAUGGCCAAGAGCACCCUAUCCCCGGUGCUGGCUAAAAAUGGCACUCCCAGUGGAACGCCAGGCUCCCAGGUGGUGGCAGGUACAACCAGGGCAGUGGAGACUGCUACAGCUUCCCCCUUCUCUUCCACAACCCCCAGAACCACGCAGGCAAAUAUGAUCACAGCUGCUGCAAGGUUGUCAACAACCCACUUCCCUGGGAAAUCUCAGGCCAUGCAGUCGGACUUCCACAAAGCGACCAACUCAGAAAUGCCCAGAAUCUCCACCGCAUUUCCACUGACCAUCAUGGCAGCCUUGACAUCUAUGACCACAUCAGGGAGAGUAACUAAACUCCCUCCCUUACCUGUGGAAAACACAUCAGCUGCUGUCCCAGUGGCUUCAACGACUGUGGUCACAACUGGCAAAACCACUUUGAAUCUAGAAUGCCAGAUGUCCAAGAAACUAAUGGUGAAGACAGUUCUCUUUCUCACCCAGAGGAGGCUGCAGAUCAAUGAUUCUCUCAGGCCUGAUGUAACCAAAGGGCUCACCCAAGCCCUGCAGAAAGCUUUCCACCAGAAUGAUAUCUAUGCUCACGUGGAAAUUCUGGAGCAUUCCCACAAUGUGACAGUUGGUUAUUAUGUCACGAAGGGGAAACUGGUCUACAUCCCUGCUGUUGUUGUCGAGUCCCUGGUUGCUUAUGGCAUUAGCAACGUCACUUCUGACCUGAAGCAGCACGUGCCAAAUCUGCAGUCUGUGGCAGUGUUGGCCUUGCCAUGGAACCCCCAGCCAGCCUAUGCCUUCCAGCUGAAGACAGUGCUGCAGUUUGUGGGCCAAUCAGACAACAUCCAGUCCUGCAAGUUUGCUCAGACAAUGGAACAAAGGCUGCAGAAAGCAUUUCAGGAUGCAGAGAAAAAAGUUCUGAGUACCACUAGCAACCUGACUGUGGAGAUUUUGAACACGUCAAAUGCCUCACAGGCGGUUACCUUGACUUAUGUGGUCCGGAAUCAGAGCGUGCUCCUCAACGGCACAGUCUCCAGCAGCCUCUUGAGCCAGCUGUCAGCCGAGUUGGUGGGCUUCUACCUCACCUACCCGCCCCUAACCAUCGCAGAGUCCUUGGAAUACCCAAACCUCGAUGUCUCAGAAACAACUAGAGAUUAUUGGGUGAUUACAGUUCUUCAAGGGGUGGACAACACCUUAGUGGGACUCCAUAACCAGAGUUUCGCCAGAGUCAUGGAGCAGCGGCUGGCCCAGCUGUUUAUGAUGUCUCAGCAACAGGGCCGGAGGCUUAAGCGUGCCACCACCCUCGGGAGCUACACAGUUCAGAUGGUGAAGAUGCAGCGGGUCCCGGGACCCAAGGAUCCCGCAGAACUGACUUACUACACGCUGCACAACGGGAAGCCUUUGCUGGGGACUGCGGCGGCCAAGAUCUUGAGCACCAUCGACUCCCAAAGGAUGGCUUUGACCUUGCACCACGUAGUUCUUCUACAAGCUGAUCCGGUCGUGAAAAACCCUCCCAACAACUUGUGGAUCAUUGCUGCCGUCCUGGCCCCCAUAGCCGUGGUCACCGUGAUCAUUAUCAUCAUCACAGCUGUGCUCUGCAGAAAGAACAAGAAUGACUUCAAGCCAGACUCCAUGAUGAACCUGCCACAGAGGGCCAAACCAGUUCAAGGCUUUGAUUACGCCAAACAACAUCUGGGCCAACAGGGCGCCGAUGAAGAGGUCAUCCCAGUGACCCAGGAAACAGUGGUCCUGCCCCUCCCGGUCAGAGACGCUCCUGCUUCCCAGGAAAGAGAGACUGCCCAAGACGGAAGUACCAUUAAGACAGCUCAGUCCACAGACACGAGGAAGAGCAGGUCACCCAGUGAGAACGGCUCGGUCCUUAGCAACGAAUCAGGGAAGCCCAGUCCCGGGAGGCCCUCGCCCCAGAACGUGACAACAACGGCCACAGCGCAGCAGCAGAAAGUGACAAAAGAGGAGGGAAGGAAGAGAAAUGUGCCCGUGAGUGAUGAAGAGGAAGGCGCGGGUCUCUUUGAUAGCACAGGCAAGCCCGUGGCCGAUCCAUUUGACACAUCUUCUGGCUCUGUACAGCUCAUUGCCAUCAAGCCAGCGGCACUGGCCCCUGCCCAUCCAGCAUCUGAACGGAGCCAGGAGUCAGCCAUCAUUAAUGGAGAGGUGAACAAGGCCUUGAAGCAGAAGUCUGACAUUGAACACUACCGCAACAAACUGCGCCUCAAAGCCAAGCGGAAAGGCUACUAUGACUUCCCCCAGGUGGAGGGUAACAAGGGGCUGACAGAAAGAAAGAUGUAUGAGAAAGCACCGAAGGACAUCGACCAUGUCUUAGAUGCCGAGCCGGAGGCUCCCUCUCCGUUUGGCGAACCUAAAAACAGGCAACAGAUGAAGAACUCUGUGUACCGAAGCCGGCAGUCUCUAAACAGCCCCAGUCCAGGGGAAACUGAGAUGGACCUCCUGGUGACACGGGAGAGACCCCGACGAGGAAUCCGGAACAGCGGCUAUGAUACUGAACCUGAAAUCAUAGAAGAAACGAACAUUGACCGAGUUAAUGAGCCUCGAGGCUACCCAAGGUCACGCCAGGUAAAAGGUCAUUCAGAGACGUCCACCCUCAGUUCUCAGCCAUCCAUUGAUGAAGUCAGACAACAGAUGCACAUGCUGCUGGAAGAAGCAUUCAGCUUGGCCUCCGCAGGCCACGGUGGACAGAACAGGCAACAAGACACCUAUGGCUCAGCCCAGCACUUCCCUUACUCUGAAGUAGUAACAAGUGCUCCUGGGACCAUGACCCGGUCAAGAGGUGGAAUGCAAUGGGUGCCUACCUACCGACCAGAAAUGUACCAGUACAGUCUGCCGAGGCCGGCCUACAGGUUCUCUCAGCUUCCUGAGAUGGUCAUGGGGUCUCCUCCACCUCCGGUACCUCCCCGGACUGGUCCUGUGGCUGUUGCUUCUCUCAGGCGGUCCACUUCUGAUAUUGGCAGUAAGACCAGAAUGUCUGAGUCCAGUGGGCCCGAGCAAGCACAACUGCACGAUGGCACCCCCUUUGCCCAGGUUUCCAGAGGCCCAGUCUCUGUCACUCCAUUGGACCAGUCUGCUUUAAAUUACUCAGGAAGCACCGUUCCAGCUGUGUUUGCCAUUCCUGCUGCCAACAGACCUGGAUUCACAGGCUACUUCAUCCCCACGCCACCCUCAUCCUACCGGAACCAAGCCUGGAUGUCAUAUGCAGGAGAGAACGAGUUACCAGGGCAGUGGGCAGAUUCGGUUCCACUCCCAGGUUACAUAGAGGCAUAUCCCCGGUCACGCUACCAACAGACAUCCCCCUCAAGACUCCCCCGGCAGUACAGCCAACCCACCAACAUGCACCCAAGUCUGGAGCAGGCCCCCAUGGCUUCCACGGCAGCAUCUCAGCAGAGCCUGGCAGAGAAUGAUACUUCAGACACCCCACUGACCAACAUUUCCACAGCAGCCCUGGUGAAGGCCAUCCGGGAAGAGGUCGCUAAGCUGGCCAAGAAACAAACAGACAUGUUUGAAUUCCAGGUCUAACACACAGGAGCUCUCCACUCUCAUAGCCAUUGAACUCCAAACCAUGAAGCCUGCAAAGAGACUAGGAAAUGUGUCUUCAGUUUGUUUUUCAGUCCACACUUGUUGGGAGUUGGGGGAGGGGGUGGAUUUCUGUCUGACCCACCACUUCCUGGAAAGUUGAACUCUGGGGUUUCUGCUAAAUGGAGUAACUCCCCAAAUAGGCAAAGCUCUUGACCUGUCUAUUCUUCUGGCCAGUCAAGGUUGUCUUGCCUGCUGUGUAUUUGAUAUACUGAUACAGUAAAUCCAUGGAAUAUGAUUGUAUGUCCUGAGAAGCCUUAGGCAUGAGAGAUGCUAUUUGGCAUAUUGCUCUUCAAUGCCACAUUUCAUAAGUAACCAGAGAGAGGACAAAAUCCGACUCUGCAUGCUCAAUCUGUAUUUCGGUGAUAAAAUAGUGAGGGAUGAGCACCAGACUGCGUUCUUUCUCAUUGGAACAAUAGCAUAAAUUUAAACAAACAAAACAAAACAAAAAUCAUCUCUGAACUCGGGAUAGGGGGAAACUGAAUCCAGUGAAGUAACUUCAGCUCUUUUAUUUCAAGCUCAUACUCAAGGCCAAGUGAAAUUGAUUGUUUCUGGUCCUCCCCAAACAAUCACCCUUGUAAAUAGUCCCAAUUCAAUUUCUCAUUAACGGUACAAUGGCCUGAAAGCAGAGAAGAUGGGAGAGGAGACUGAUUGUUGCAGCGUAACUGGUGUCUGCCCAAUUCUCAAAAGGCCCCUGUUGAGCAUCUGAAAAAGUGUUGGUGUUUGGGGAAUAGAAUACAUUGUGAGUUGUGCUGAAGACCUAACAAAAAUUUUAAAAAGAAGAGGAAGAAGAAAAGAGAGAAUUGGUACAAGAGCUUUUGGGAAUUCUACCAAUGAAAAAUGGUUAUUUGAGUCUGUUUUCUUUGCCCUACAUCGAAAGUAGCCUGAGAACCAACCAUUUCUCUCUGUUUCUUUCUCUCUCUCUCACUCUCCUGGAAUAAUAGGUACAUCUACUUCCACAAGGAAACCUCUGUUUAUCAUAGAGCUUUCCAGCUCUCUCGAACAAUGCUGUUCAGUAAGUGCUGCCAGGUGUCUCAAAAUAAAACUGUGAUUGAUGUCUGUUCAGAAUGGGAUAUGUGAAUCUGCAGACUUUCAAAUUCCCAGCUGGUGUUUGUAGAAACUUUGGAAAUAUGGGCAACCUGUUGGAUUUUGGUACAAUGUAAAUCAUGAAAACAAGUGUAUGAAUUUAACCAAAUCAUCUCCUUUGGUGGAAGCAGGGGGUUGGGGGGCGGGGGAGGGGGCUGGUACUUACUAAAAUUGCAGACUGCUGACCAUGGUGUGCUUAAAGUUGCUAAUCCUGCUUUCACCACUGCGAGGGGAAUCUGACCUCUCAGCUCACUGUAAGGGACACAUUGUCCCCCUGAGCUACUGAACACGUCCAGAAUUCACUUUCCCCAAGUCAAAUCAAAUAAAGUAACAUCUUGACUGUGGACAAUAUUACGGGUUCCUUCAUUCAGAAACCAGCUUCAGUAGCAGAGGUCGCCAGUGUUGGGGAAGGAUGUACUUGACAUCUGUGAAUUCUGUGCUGUUGGCCUCCCUUCACCCUGUAAUCCAUCCAGCUACAGCCAUAUAUGUGUUCUUUAUCUGAUCUGAUCACCUCAUUCUCUGCAAUGAGUUUCUUUGGUCUUUAAUUGAGAUGAAAAGUAAAAGUUGGGUUAGCUUGGGGCCCAUGUCUAAAAUCUGAGAGAACACGAAAGGAAGGUUCAGACUAAUAAAGGCACACACAGACUUUUAAAACUGAGCAAUUUUUUGUUUCGAAGACAAAGAGCCCAUCCCAGAUAAUACCAGAGAUAUGGGUGGUAGAAUCUUCUAAGAUCUAUCUUGGUCAGACCAUAUAGAAUAAUGAGGAACCUUUUGGUAAACUGGUUGAUUUUUCAAAAUGUUAGUGGUUUUUUUGUUAUUUAAAAAACUCAGAUAUUAAAUAAAAUGUAUUUUUAUAAUCUCCA